UAUGUGUUCUGAGCUUGUUAUUACUUGACAUUCUUCUGUUUAUCAUUCUCUAGGCAACGCAAGAACAUGACUGGUGGAAAAGUAGAUCAUGAUUCGUGACGAUGUUACCUUACUUUUAGACAGUGACUGCCUUUCACUGUAUUACUUUUAUUCCAGAGCGCCAUGUACAGCUUUAAGUGAUAAUUGUGAGGGUAAGGAGAUUCACAAAGAAACAUUUAGGACAAUGGGGAAAUAUGCCCACUCUGGAUGGUGAAGCCAAUGAUAAUUUUAUGAGAUAUUACUUGUACUAACCGGCAUAUGCAUCUAAUCAUUGGAAUUAGUUUAACUUAAAAAGCACCAUCCAGUACAUAAGUUUCAUCGUCUUGUUUUAGAGGGACGGCGGAUAUUUUGAUGACCAUGUUUGAUAUGAUGAGUAAUUGUGAAGACAAAAGCCUUUGGACAGAGGGAAAGCGAAGAAGAUCGAAACAAAGCAAACAGGCGAGGAUCACUAUGGACACUUCACCUUGGUUUCCUCUGCUAAUCUUGUCUCUUCCAUGCCUCAACUCAUCAAACUAAUGAAAACAACCAAAGAGAAGGAAGUUGUUGAACAAUGGCGGAGAAGGAAGGAGCCAUCGUGAAGAAGGGCCAAGAGGAGGGACUCAAAAUGGCAAUCUCUCUCCUGCAGAAAUUUGAACUCCCUCUGGGGCUCCUCCCACUGGCCAAUGUGGUGGAGGUUGGGUAUGUGGAGAGCACGGGGUACAUGUGGAUUGUCCAGCAAAAGAAGGUUGAGCAUCAGUUCAAGAUCAUAAGCAAACUGGUGAGCUACGACACCGAGGUCAAGGGCUACAUCGAGAAGGGCAAGAUCAAGAAGCUCAAGGGCGUGAAGGCCAAGGAGCUCAUGCUGUGGCCGCCGGUGUCGGAGAUCACUGCCGACUCGCCGGCUGGGAAGAUCCACUUCAAGAGCCUUGCCGGUAUCACCAAGAGCUUCCCUGUCGAGGCAUUUGCUGCUGGCCAGUGAAUUGAGUGUCGAUGAUAUGGAAGUCAAUGUUUAUUUCUAUUUUGUUGGGUAAAAACAAUUAGAAGCCUCCUAUUAUUGGGUUUAAUACAUGGAGGGUUCUUUUUAUAUAAUUCUUUCCCUAAGGGCGUUGGGUACUUAGGAGU